UCGCAGGCUAAGUAUCUUCCGGGCGUUGCUCCGCAAGCAUUUUAGGUUUGGAUGCACGUUCUUCUCCAAAAAAAAUGCCUAAAAGAUCUUAUCCUUUCGCUGAAUCUUUCUCAUCGCAGUAUAAAAUUCACAUUGGACAAAAGGAGUUGAAUAAUCACGGCGUAUAUGGGGACAAGUACAGACAAGAAAUCUACGAAAAGACAAAGACCCUGCUCUUCAAUGGUACCAAAGCUGUCAUGGGGAAAAUCUGGAAUAUAGAUACGGAGAAGUGUUCAACGAUACAGCCUUCGGGGCCAGGUGUGACACCUGACGUGAGCCGGACACUACUGAGGGGACAGGCACUGAUUGGACAGGAUGGCAGACUUACACCUGUUCAAGGUGCUGUGUUGGUUUCAAAGGGCAGCUGUGUGUGUCAGAAGGCCCAGAGGACCAGGAGGCAGUGCUCCCAGUGUGACCGCCCAGCCUGCCCCUCCUGCAUCCAGCAGUGCUCCAACUGCUCCAACCCCUGUUGCUCUAUCUGCAUUGUCAUCGAUUACAGUGGCCAGUAUGAGCAAGUACUGUGCUGCGGCUGCUUAUCGUAAUCAACAACAGAACAUGGGGAAAUUAAGCAUUAUGCUUGAAUGUUUUAGUAGUUAUUUUACAUUAAAGAUUCUUAACUCUAAAUUGUUAUACAUGUUUAUGCUUAUUUUUUAAACUCUAAAUUGUUAUACAUGUUUAUGCUUAUUUUUUAAAAUCUUAACCAUGAUCCAACUGUAUUUUUGUAUAUAGGUAUUUUGCUAUGUUUGUGGAAUAAAUAUUUGGACGCUUUA